AGGGAGUUUAGGGUGUGUAAUUGCAUUGUGACAGAGCGUUUUUCAGACUUGUGCAGUGCCAGGUCGUUUUUGUCUUUUGACACUGUGGACUUUGUAAAGCAGGCAUAUGUGUGUGGUGGGAGGAUUUGUGCUGAGGACUGACUGCAAACAUGAGACCUUAAUUUAUGCACAUUUGUUUACCCGGAGCUGUUCACCUAAGGAUGUCCUGCAUUUCAGCUGAUUGAUAGAUUGAUUGAUUUCAAACAUACAGCUUAUUUACACGGACCUCCUCAUCAGUACAAAAAUGGCAAGAAACCUUCUCAAGAAUCCAAACGGAGACGAGGAUAUGGACUUCUGGUAUUUGACGGAGAAUGGUGGAAACGAGUGGCAAGUGGAGGACAUGCCCGGGGACUGCGGACCUGAAGUCGGCAUCGAGGGCGUUAACAAAUACUUCACCACCUCGUUUGAAUUGUGUCUGAAGAAUCAGGUGAUUGAUCUGGUAGCAGAAGGCUACGCUCCAGAGGACUUGGACAAUCAGCCAACUGUCACAAUUGAGGACUGGUACAGUGGCCGAACAGACUGUGGCUGCAUGUACCUGCUAACCGUCCGUCUUCUGGAUGAGAAUAAAGAGGUGUUGAGUGAGUACAAGCCCGAGCCUGUGAUUCUCGACCCAGACACCGAUGACUGCUCAUGGAAACAGGUCACCCACACGCUGUCCGACUACGGCCCCGGUUUGCGCUUCAUCUCUUUCGAGCAUGGUGGAAAGGACACUAAAUACUGGCAAGGCUGGUUUGGAGUGAGAGUGACCGGGAGCUACGUCGCUAUAGACCUCUGAAAGUCCACGGCCGAGACCUAUGUAGAUCCCAUAAUAGCUUAUAACGGCGAUCUAGAGCAGCGGUUCUCAAAGCUCAAAAGAAACUUCAGACUCCCACACGGUCCUAUAUUUCCAUGUAACUGAAUUUGGAGAAAUUCAAAGGAAUCAGAGUCAAAAUCACUUCGCACUGUUAAAAAUGAAGGUUCUUAAAGGGUUCUUUUUCACUGUGUAUAGUUCUAUGCAGUGCCUUUAACAUCCAGAGCAAAAAACGGUUCUUUAUGGAAUAAAAAUGCUCUUUGUGGUACAACAAAAUGUUGGUCUUUAAAGAACCAUUUAGUAAUAAAAUUGUUCUUCUGUAGUAUAGCUGUGAAAACCCUUUUUCUGGCAUUAGUCAACAGAGAGAGAGAGAGAGAGAGAGAGAGAGAGAGAGAGAGAGAGAGAUGGUAGUAUAAAGUGGUCCCUAUAUGCAGAAAGUUUGAGAACUGCUGAUCUAGAGUUUAUUUAAACCCUUUACCUAAACUGCGCUUUUAGGUAUCACUCACUCACACACACACACACACACACACACACACACACACACACACACACACACACACACACACACACUAUG